UCGCCAAUUCAAGUCCAACGGGGGAGGGGAGGCGCUGUUCCCUUUCCUCUUGCCAUCAUGAUGUCCAGUAGCACCUCUCCUCGCCGAAAUCCGAGUUCGAGGUCUUACCAAGGGUCUCUGUAUCAGUCUGCGUCGAGCUCUAGGCCCUUCUUAAACAUGCUGAAUCCAAUGAGUAGACCAUAUCAGGGCUAUACGCAAGCAAGCCAGUCUCUGCUGGAGGAAGAGGAAGAGGAAAGAAGAAGCUCAAAUGAAGAGGAGGAGGAAGACGUGGAGACAGGUCACAGUCAGAGCACGAUAUUCCAGAGAGACGCCAUUCCAUUGUCCAAGUCACGGUCCAAGUCCAAGUCGCAUGGCAAGCCUCGUGUCUCGUGGGAUGCCGCCGCCUCUAGUACCGAUCCGUCAUUGCAUCCCAAUAUCCAUCAGGAAGAUAAGAUUCACGACCAGGACUCGGACGACGGCGAGGUGCCACAGAGUUUCAUGAUCGAGGCCACCUCCCGCAGGCCGUCUAAGAGGGGCAAGGGCAAGGAGACGACAGGUUCCAGUUUUGUUGGAGGACGUCAGCAGCCGCUGUUCUCUAUCCCGGGAAGGAAGCUGCCCCCCGUUUUACCUAUCCAUGCGUCCGUGUCUAUACCCCCACGUCCUUCAGAACUGGAUACCGAGGACGCUGAGGCGACGCCGCGACCCGACGAUAUCUCCCAACAUUCUCCUAGACAGCACAGGCCCAUGCGGGGACUUGAUGCAUACGAACGCGCUUUAUGGAACUGGGUUAAUGUGUACAACCUAGAUGCUUUUCUGCAAGAUGUGUAUUUCUACUACGAAGGCAAAGGCAUAUACAGUAUUGCUCUGUCGAGAGGGCUAAAUCUACUGACUGUGGGUUUCGUCAUUGGUUUCUCAACCUUCCUCCUCGGAUGUAUAGACUAUUCGCGGAUACACCCCGAUAAAACAAUGCGGCUGUCUAAUGCUAUUGUCGAUCAUUGUGUAUCAAAUUUCUCAGGCUUUACGCUACUAUUUUUCAUUCUCUUUACCGCGUUUUACAUAUGGCAAAUUGCAUUGUUUAUCCUGGGAACUAUGCGCCUUGUGGAUAUGUACAACUUUUAUACCCAUCUGUUAAAGAUUCCAGACGUUGACAUUCCAACCAUAUCGUGGCCCGAGGUUGUUCGCCGGAUCAGUGCUAUACGUGAGGAGAAUCCCCUCACAGCCAUCUCCUCAAAGAGUGCCCGGAACACCAAUGACACGACAACAGCGAAACUUGAUGCCCAUGAUAUCGCGAAUCGAAUAAUGAGGCAGGAAAAUUACCUUAUAGCGCUCUUCAACAAGGAACUCUUGGAUCUAAGAGUGCCGUGGCCUCUUUUUUUAAAGCAAUACAUAGCUGAGGACAGAGGGAAGGGAAAGAUGCUGACCCAGGCGCUUGAAUGGAAUCUAAGAUUCUGCCUGAUGGAAUACCUAUUCGACAAACAUGGUCGUGUAAGAAAGGUGUUCCUGAAAUCCAAAAAUCGGACCGUCUUGAUUGAAGGACUCAAACGUAGAUUCAUCUUCAUGGGAAUACUAAACGCUAUUUUCGCUCCUUUUAUCGUGCUCUAUCUGUUGAUGUAUUCAUUUUUCCGGUACUUCGAGGAAUAUCACAAGGACCCAUCAUCAAUUGGUGGACGCAGGUAUACAUCCUUUGCGCAGUGGAAAUUCAGAGAGUUCAAUGAACUACCUCAUUUUUUUAUACGACGACUUGAUGAGAGUUGUCCCGCCGCCAGCAUGUACAUUGGGCAGUUUCCCAACGAGAAGAUGACGCUUAUCAUGCGUUUCGUGGCUUUCAUCUCCGGCUCAUUUGCGGCUGUACUCUUUUUGGCUACUGUCCUCGAUCCUGACAUCUUUGUUCAUCUCGAAAUUACAUCUCAUCGUACGGUGCUUUUUUACCUCACUGUGUUUGGAUCGAUAUUGGCUGUAGCGAGAGGGAUGAUACCUGAAGAUAACAGGGUAUUUGAUCCCGAGUUAUUGAUGACGGAAGUGAUCACUUAUACGCACUAUAUGCCUGACGAGUGGAAAGGUCAGCUGCAUAGCAAAAGGAUCCACCAGGAAUUCGGCGAGCUUUACGCUAUGAAGGUCAUGAUAUUCGUGCAAGAAGUGCUUUCCGUGGUCUUGACACCCUUUGUGCUAUGGUUUUCACUCCCUUCCUGCGCUCCCGCUAUCGUCGACUUUUUCCACGAAUUCACCGUUCACGUAGAUGGACGAGGGUAUGUUUGCAGCUUUGCCGAGUUCAACUUUGAGAGACAUGGCAAUGUCAAAUUUGGUGCACCAGCCCAGAACAUCGACAAACGGAUGAUCUCGAACGAGGGCAAGAUGGAGAAGAGCUUCUUGAAUUUCAAGGCUGCCAAUCCAGAUUGGAACCCCACAGAUCCGUCAGGUUCGUUAUACCUAAGCCGCAUGGCGGACUUCACAGCAGCACAUCUUCCCGGGCGUCGGCGACCCGGCACUGGCGUCAUGCCUCUUGACCACAGCAACGGUAGUGGCGAGCGCAAAACUGAGGUCGAUCGUGCACAGGAAUAUGAUCGCGCCCUCCGACAAAGUCAACUUGCAGCGCGUCGGCGGGGUGGAAGUAUGUUGGGCGCGUCCAUGCUAGGUCCUCCAGGCCCUUCGGGAUCGUCGAUAUUUGGUGGAAUGUCGACAGCCCAGACAGUGGUGCUUGGAGAUUCACAGGGUAGUGUGCCAGUUGAGACAGUGCGUAAGGAGGUGUCGAAGAUUACGGAUAGUGAUUUGGCUGAAGACGGAGGUGUUGGUAGUGGACUUGGUGAGUCGUAUGUUGAUGGUGCGAAACGGACACGAACUUUUGGAGAAGCGGAGGAAGAGGAGGAAGGAUUCGAAGACGGAGGCGUCUUGGGACUGCUGGCUCAGAUUUAUGACCGGAGAGACGGCCCAACAAGGGUGCUCUAAGGUACCUUGCAUAGCCAUCACAUACUGCUGUACAUUCGUAACGCAUAUAACGACGAUCGAUGUAAGCUACCGCCAAUAU